AUGGCGACAGGAGUACAGAUUAUUCACAACCAGCAGAUAGCUCAUCCUGCUGUCAUAGCCGUCGGCACACAUGCGAACGCUCUGGGACCCGAUAAUUACAACCUGUCAAGUUUCAUUGAAGCGUGGCAGGGUGCAGCAUGGCAGGGUCUGCCACGGGAACGAGGCCGAUAUCCUUGGCCGGAUAGGAUAGACCGACAGUUGUCGCGGAGCGUAAUGCAUAUUGAUUACAUGGACCUGGAGGGAGACAGAUACGAUGUGCAGGGCAUAGACUGGGAGGACCUUGGUGUAACGAGGGGGGAGGCCCGCGAACGGAGGUUGAACACGUACAAAAAUUAUGUCAACGUUCCCGACUCGGACCGCUGGGAGGAGACCCAGGCACUUCUGCCCAGUACUGAUGAUUACUUCAGAUUCCGCGGCCUGGACGUCCGGAGGAACAUCAAUCUUGCACACUUCCAGCUCCGCAAUGUCCUGGCCUCCACCUCCCGGAGCUCAGUCUUCUAUCCCAGCCAGUUCGCCAUCAACGAGUUCAACCCAAUUACCGGCAAGACCAAAUUGGGCAUGCGCUCACAAGAGAUCCCGCAUUUUCAGGUCUCCACCCUGACAGCGGGUCACGACACCCUGGUGGCAGGAGGAUUCUUUGGCGAGUACCUUUUCCGAAGGCUGUCCUCGGAGGGUAGCGCAGACACACACGAAGGGACGAUCACGAGUGAUAAUAGCGGAAUUACGAACCACGUCCAAAUUUAUGCGUCGCGCACAUCUUCUAGUCCAAGAGCCGCAUUUGCCUCCAAUGACAACGGCUUCCGUGUCCUGGAUAUCGAGACGGAAAAGUUUGUCUCGGAAACGUAUUUCCCAAACCCCGUCAACUGCUCGGCCAUCUCUCCAGACCGCCGCCUGCAGGUCAUGGUCGGCGAUCAGCGGCAGGUGCUCAUCACCAAGGCAGAAGCGGAUGGUGAGCCCGAGGUCCUGAGAACGCUCGACGGUCACAGGGAUUUUGGUUUUGCGUGCGACUGGGCAGAUGACGGCUGGACGGUAGCGACGGGGUUUCAGGACAAGUCUGUCAAGAUCUGGGAUGCACGCCGAUGGACUGAUGCCCAGGGGGUGCCCACUCCAGUGUGCACACUCCGAUCUGAGGUCGCAGGCGUCCGAUCCCUCCGCUUCUCACCGCUUGGCUCCGGCAAGCGGGUGCUCGUGGCAGCCGAGGAGGCAGAUUUUGUCAACAUUUACGAUGCCCAGACAUUCCAGUCGAAGCAGACCUUCGACUUCUUUGGUGAGAUUGGUGGCACCUCCUUUGUGAACGAGGGCCAAGACCUGCACGUGCUGUGCUGUGAUCCGAACAGAGGCGGCCUCUUUAGGCUCGAGAGGUGUGGCAUGGGUGCAGAGCGGCAUCAUGACCCUGAAGACCUCGGGAUGAGGCCCUAUGUCGCAUGCACAGAUAGCAGCUACGACUGGCAGGAAUUCAAGGUCACGCCGCUACGGCGACCUCGAUAUUGUGAGACACGGCGGCGGCGAGCUAUCACUCCACACUUGCUUCAGCCCUUCUAACGACAGAAAAUAAUCAAAACAACUCGACGAGUUUCCGACAACAACAUAUACAGAGCUACCACACAAGACUUACCUACCUGCCGAGACUUGAUUUAAUGAUAACGCACAUGAUACCCCG